GCGGUACAGUGCGCAUGUGCGAGGUCGGGCUCGGAUUGCCGCUGUCGUCAUGUCGGUGGAGCUGACUUUCCUGGGCACUGGUUCGGCCUAUCCGUCGCCGAGCCGCGGGGCCUCGGCCAUGGUGCUGCGCUACGAGGGGGAGUGCUGGCUUUUCGACUGCGGCGAGGGCACGCAGACCCAGCUGAUGCGGAGCCACCUGAGAGCAGGUAAAAUUUCAAAAGUUUUCAUUACUCAUCUCCAUGGUGACCAUUUGUUUGGUUUGCCUGGACUGCUGUGCACAGUGAGCCUCCAGUGUAGUUCUCUUCUGAACAAGCAGCCUGUUGAAAUUUAUGGGCCGGUUGGAUUAAGGAAAUUUCUGAGGAUGUGCAUGCACCUUUCACACUCUCAGUUGGUCUUUCCGUAUGUAGUCCAUGAACUGGUUCCAACAGAAGAUCAAUGUUUUCCUGAGGAAUGGAGGCCCCCCUCUAUGCAUGGUGUGGAUGAUCCGCUUCAUCCACAGGAACUACAAGGAACAACAAUUCACCUCGACCCUCAGCAAGGCUGUUAUAAUCUCUUGACUCAUGAACAAUUCUCUGUAAAAGCCUUUAGGCUUUUUCACCGCAUACCAUCAUUUGGGUUUGUAAUCAAAGAGAAAGAACGACCAGGAAAACUUCAGACUCAGAAAUUGAAAGAUAUGGGUAUUCAGCCAGGACCUCUCUAUGGGAAACUAAAAAAUGGGCAGCCCAUCACUCUUAACAGUGGUGUGACUGUUUAUCCUGUGGAUGUGCUGGAAACUCCCAUUCUGGGUCGAAAAAUAUGCAUUUUGGGAGACUGCUCCAGACCAGUUGGUGAAAAGGCUAAAGAACUUUGUGCUGACGCAGAUGUCCUGGUGCAUGAGGCCACAUUAAACGAUAAUCAGUCUGACAAGGCUGAGGAACGCGGACACUGUACGCCAAAAACCGCUGCAGAAUUUGCAAAGUUAUGUAAAGUUAAACGGCUGAUCCUUACUCAUUUCAGUCAAAGGUACAAGCCUACUGCCCUUGCUGCAGAAGGGGAUGAUGAUGAUAUCAUGGAACUGAAGAAUCAAGCUGAUCUGAUACUGAAAGGACAGGAAGUGACAUUGGCUGAAGAUUUUAUGGUGAUUGAAAUCCCUUUGAACAAGACAAAGCAACAAAUAAUCCCCACACAGUGAAACUCUUCAAUGAUGGAAUAUAAAAUGUGACCAGAUGGAUUAAUAAAAUGUGUCUGCAGUUAAUUUUGCAAUGGUUUUCAGGGUUUUUAUGAUGUCAUCUGUUGCAAUGAGGUAACUGCUAACUCUUGAUGAUAAAACAGAAUCAGGUUUAAUAUCACUGGUACCAGAUGCUGAUGCAACCAGUUAAAAUGCUCUCCAAGGAACAUCUGUAGAAAUUUGUGAGUCUUUGAUGAGGUACCAAGUUUCUUCAAAACUUCUAAUGAAAUAUAGCUGCAGUUGUGCCUUACUUGUAAUAGCAUCAAUAUGUUGAGCCUAGGAUAGAUUCUCAGAGAUGUUGACACCCAGGAACUGCUUCUGAUCAAGAAAUAGAAGAGGAAAUAUCUGCAUUACUUGCAUCUGGUUGUGUGAUGUGGACGGUUGUUAUCAGUUUAGAAAAUUUUCUGAGCAGUGGGUUGCAAGUUCUUGCUUUUACUGUUAACUUUGCCUUAGUCAUAGAACACUAAGCACAGAAACAGGCCUUCGACCCAUCUAGUCCAUACCAAACUGUGACAGAGAGCACAUUUUUAUAGAUAAACGCACACACAACCAUGACAUUUUACUGUUGUGUGUGCGCACUUCAGUGUUCAAUGUCUUUCCCCUGGGAUAUUCUUAUAAAGGUUUUGGCUUUAUGAUGUCUUUCCUGCCAUCCACAUUAUGGGAUGGGGAUUUGUAAAUGGGUAUAUAUUGUUUAUGUAUUAAGGUAGAUAUUUCUGUUUAUUUUGUAAUAUGACUGUAAUUACAUUGUGGGGUGCAUCAUAUUCUAAUUCAUGUGUAGUUAUAAAUUAACUUUGUGGGUAAUUAAAGAUUGUCCUAGUGCUGAAAAACAGGACAGUUUGCCUCAAUAGCUGGGGAGAGAGAAACUGAGCUGCCAGGAGUUCACACUGGACAUAGUAUGCAGUUAUAAUUGUGUUUUCUGCUAUAUAGCUUUUUGUAAAUAUUGGCAUUUUUCUUUUUGAUAUUUUUGUAAGUUUGAUUUUUGCCGCUCCAAAUAAAUACUCUUGCACGAAA